UUCGCCCUCUCUUCAGAUUUAGUAGAUUCGUAGCUCUGAGAAAAGGCAGAAACAAACGGUAGCCAACGGCAAAGUCACCCUCUGAUAUAUUUACCUUGUAAUUCAAUUAACUGGAGGAAAAUGCUGAGGUACGCGGUAAUUGCCUGUGCUGUUUUGGUGGCCUUUGCUGGAGCCCUGGAGUUCACCGAUUGCGGAUCGAAGACGGGCAAGUUCACCAGAGUGGCCAUCGAGGGAUGUGACACCACCAAAGCGGAGUGCAUCCUCAAGAGGAACACCACAGUCAGUUUCUCCAUCGAUUUCGCAUUGGCCGAGGAGGCCACAGCGGUGAAGACGGUGGUCCAUGGCAAGGUCCUGGGCAUCGAGAUGCCCUUCCCACUGGCGAAUCCCGAUGCCUGUGUGGACAGUGGUCUGAAGUGCCCCCUCGAGAAGGGAGAGUCGUAUCGCUAUACGGCCACCCUGCCCGUCCUGAAAUCCUAUCCCAAGGUCUCGGUCCUUGUCAAGUGGGAACUGCAGGAUCAGGAUAGUGCGGACAUCAUCUGCGUUGAGAUUCCCGCUAAAAUUCAGUAGGCGGUUCGGCGUAAACCCCCUAAUUUAAUCUCAAAAUACUGAAGAGAGGGCGCGAUGGGCGUUUCAGUUUGCCCUCUCCAUUGUAAUCUAAUUUAAAAUAAAGAAAUUUAAACUUAAA